UCCUUGUCAAAGCUUCAGGAGAGCAGGUGAAAAGAUGUCGAGCAGAGUUGGCAGCUUCGUCCAUUUCCCUCUGCGCCGUGUCUUACUGCUAAUGUGUCUGUUUAUGAUCUCAUGCCUGUUCGUGUACGACAGUUCAUCCGUCAGCUGCUUCCUACGCCACGUUGGACCAAUCAAAUCAGAGCAAAGUGAGGUUCUGAUUCUCAUCUGGAUCUGGCCUUUCAAUAUUUCCUUUGACCUAGACAUCUGCAAGUCACAGUUCAACGUAGACGGCUGUUGCCUCACAGUAGACCGUGAGCUGUACGCUAAAGCGGACGGUGUCCUCAUCCAUCACCGUGACAUUAACUGGGACCCCUCCAAUUUGCCCGCAUCACCUCGCCCUCCGCACCAGAAAUGGAUCUGGAUGAAUUUGGAGUCGCCGUCGAACACACCUCAGAUGCCUCAUCUGGAUAACCUUUUUAACGUCUCGCUCAGCUACAGACAGGACGCGGAUAUCACAAUACCAUACGGUUGGGUUGUUUCAACCCGUCAGGAACAGAAGGACUUUAUUCCCCCCCAGAAGGACAAAAUGCUCUGUUGGAUUGUCAGCAACUUUCAGUUUUACCACAGGAGGGCGCAAGUAUACGACGAGCUCAGGAGGUACGUGGACAUCCACACCUUUGGUGGCUCCUUUAACCAACCUGUUUCUGAGGAGAGUUAUCGAGAGAUCAUAGCCAGCUGUAAAUUUUAUCUUUCUUUCGAGAACUCGGAGCACAAAGACUACAUUACCGAAAAACUCUACAACGUUUUACAGCUCGGCGCCGUGCCGGUGGUCCUUGGCCCAUCUAGACAAAACUACGAGCGAUUUGUCCCACGAGAUGCAUUCAUCCACGUCAACGACUUCCCCUCUGUGAGAGCUUUAGCGAAGUAUCUGCUUCUUUUGAGCAGGCAUGAGGAGCUGUACGGGCAGUACUUCAACUGGAGAAGACAUUUUGAAGUGAAAAUCAGCUCUUUCCCUGCACAGCAUGCUUGCUACAGCUGUGAUUACAUCAGGCGACACAAAGAGUAUCAAGUGCUUACCAAUCUUUACCAGUGGUACUGGGGUAUGAAUAUGGAAGCAAAUGAGCCAUGGUUUAGGCCAUACAGAAAAAGGCUGCAGAACACAUAAACAGAAGUCGUCUGCCAUGCUUAAGCAAAUCAUGAACGAGUAAGUUGCGUCUGCAAAAAAAAGGUGCUUCAAAAGGUUCUUCGAUGCCAUAGAAGAACCUUUUGGUUCCAUAAAGAACCUUUAACAUCUGAAGAACCUUUCUGUUUCACAAAAGGCUGUUUGUGGCGAAAAAGAUUCUUCAUAUUAUAAAAAGUAAGAAAGAGAAGGUUCUUUAAACAACCUUUGACUGAAUGGUUCUUUGUGGAACCAAAAAUGGUAAUUCCAUGGCAUCGCUGUGUAAAACCUUUUAAGCACCCUUAUUUUUAAUAUGAUUAUCAAAUGUUAGGUUCACAUGUGUAAACCAAAUGUUUAUAUCACUAAAUGAACACAUACAAUACAACGGCGUUUACUAUAGCAUGACAUCAAACAGUGUAAAUAAUCAUAUUCUUUAAGAAUUUAAUUCUCUGCGUUUUUUUGCAACCAGAGCAUCUUGGAAAACCCAUAUGAUUCACAGAUUCAAGAUGGCGGAUGCAUUGACGUGUUUGGAACGAUCGUGCACUAACAUGUGCACUAACCCAUUAAAAUGAAAUCAUAUUUGAAUUAUUUGAAUAAUAUUUUAUAUUUUUAUUAAAUGCUCACACUGUAUUUCUGUACUAUUUAAUAUUAUCUUAUAAACCUAUAAAAUCUGACACAUUUACAAUAAAGUUCUGGCUGAGAUGUAUAAAUGAGGAUCGAGACAUACCUAAAAUCAGCCAGAAAGGGUCCCAUUAGUUUAUGUAUUCUGAUGUGUUUCCUUAACAGGAUAUUUAAUAAGAAAAUGUAGAGUGGGAAACUGAUCAAAUGAGAGGUCGGCAGAGCUGGUCUGGGGACAGGUGAAAAAAUGAGCAGGACUUGUGACAUUAGCUAGAAGGAACAUUGUUUCAGAAGAUAACAAAUUGUUACAUAUUGCAGAAAGCUGUAUAAUUUUGUCUCCUUUGGGUCUAUUUUUACUUAUUUUUAAGGAAAUGUAGCAGAAAUGUCUAAGAUAAAGUCAACUUCAUUGAAAAUCAACCUCUGAACAAAAAUGUUUUUCAUGGAAUAUAGUGUAUUUUAUUAUUAUUUGAAAAGUUUCUAACAAAAGGUGGGCGAUUCCAGCAUUAAGGAAGUGACAUUUUCAGUCAAAAUUUGAAAUGUAAAUUCACAGAGAAUGUAUUUAUAUAUUGAAUCAUCUGUUUAUAUUUUACUUAACUCCUGAGGAUAGUAUCCAGACAUCAGAUAGGUAUCACUCUAUACCGAGAACAAAUUAUAUAAGAGAAUGUAUGUGUUGUGGAUGACAAUAAAAGACUACAUACUUUGUAGGAUUUCUGUGAAUUAAAAUGUACAGACUAGAAGCCCAACAUAAUAACAAUAAUACCCAACAAAUGGAGAAGAGGUUGCUUUUUAUAAGACAUAAAUUAUAUCUACAGUAUAUUAUAUCAUUUUUAUAAUAACAUAAAGUUAUUAUAUUUUCAUGUGGCCAUUUAUGAGGAAUAUGGACCAUUAUGGAGGUGUCAAUUCACUUACCUGACUAUGGAAAACUAUGCUUUAAAAACACAUAAAUACUUCGAAACCUUAAAGAGACACUUUACAUAUUUGGUGAAAACCUGAAUGUGUAAAAACUUGAUUUUUUUCAACUUAAAUUUGACGUUUGCAUGGAAUCGCCCAGCUACCAAAUGCGCCAUGCCAUCCCGUUUUGGACAUUUUCUACGGUGGCAGCAAAGUGUUCAAUAUAUUAAAGUGCCAUAUUAUUACCAUCUAAUCCAAUCUCUCCACCACGCCAUGGCUACAGUACACUUCUGAGAGGGGUAUUAAGGAGGCAAAAUACUAUUCAUUGAGCUCAUAAUAUGAACCACACCAAAUGAAAGUGCAUUUGGGUCAUUUAUGUUAUUGUUAUUGCAAUGUUCUCUGCAGUCAUGACUCAUGUGCUUCUCAAGGACAAGCUGUACCGUCAUCAAAGGCUGUUAUAAUUGGAGCAAUCACUAGGUGAUGCUGUGGCUCCAUCCUCUCAGGCUCAGCAAGAACUGCACAAGAUGAUGUGUGUUUCCAAACGCAAGGGAAUAACUUCUGUUUAUUACACUUCAAUGUACAACUUGCAAUAACACUGACACUCAGCUGCUAUUCAGUGGUAAAUGACAAACAAACAUGCACUUUUUAUGCUACUCAUUGCUUGCAUUUUAGCAGCGCAUAUGCUUCAGCAAGACCUUCCUAAUUAGGCCCGUGCAUAAAAAUGAAUGAGUUUAAAGAAAUCUGGUUACAGUCAAAAUGGCAAUGCCGCUAUUUAUUUUGAAAGGAAUUGGACUUAUGGGUAUAAUGGUUAUAAAGAACCAUGCCACAUAAUGAGGCUAGUUGAAAAGAUGAGAAAAAUAAAAGCUGAAACGACUUUGAUAUUCUAAAGAGGGGACUACUUUUUAUUUUCAAUGAGAGUGAUUUGAACAAAUCCAGUUCCCAGAUCAAAAGCAUAAGAUUUCUUAUUUUACCAAGUUACCAUGUAUGCUUGACUAGUUGUUAGCUAGCAAGCCAUAACUCAAAACAAAGAACAAGAAAUGUUUCAUUUCAAAAUCUGUAGUAGCUUUGAUUAUGUAAUAUUACAUGUGACAUAUAAUUUAAAUGGCAUUGAAAUAUUCAUGAAGUAAAAAUAGAACGUAAUGCGGUUUUGUAGGAUUUGUAAUCAGGCACUGAAAAGAGUGCAGCAAGGAUGAUGUAUUUUUGUAGGCAAAACCCGGAAAAGAGUUAACAUUUUAGCAUUGCCAGUUCCAUCGCCUCAAUGUCAAUGGGUUUUUUAAUGGGGUUUUGAAAUUAGGUCUGCGGUUAACAAAACUCACCACUAAUACCCUACUGUACAUUUUUGAAACCUUUAUCAUGUCUUAAAAAAAGCAGUUGCUACAUAAGACUACAUACGCUGUCAGGGACAUUAAUCACAUGUACAAAUCUAGAAAAUAAUGCAACAUAGGGACAAAUCUCAGAAGAGUGUGGAUGGAAAUUCAUCCCGAGUACUUAGAUAGCAAGUAUAAUUGAUUUAAUGUUGAAAAUAAACAAAUGAACAUUGAAUUAACAUGCAUUAAAUCACUUAACAAAGUUUGAAAAAGUUGUCAGCGGCUCAACCCAUCAGAGUCAAGGACCAAAACUGACAGUUUUACUUUUAUUUUUUUGUCUGAUAGUCAAGAGAAUGAGUAGCUACAACACUAACUUUGAAAAUAUGCCAUUCCUCUUUUAAAGUACCUAAAUGUUGUUUCAGCCAACAGAAUUCAUUUGAGGUCCAAUGGAGGACUAGACGUUGCAGAGGGGGUUAAUCUUGCAUGACGCAGAUGACCUCCAGCGAUUUAAUUGUGUCAGUGUGAACAGUGCUUUACAACCAUUUAGAGCAACGUACAAACAAAUGAAGUAUAACAAAUUCUUAUCACUCCCAGUGAAAUCAACAAAGUUGUCCAGACCGCUUGUGCGUGACUUCAGAUUAUUUGACUGAACUGCAUCAUGCUUAGUUUUUCACGUUGCAACACUGUGUUGUAGCAAGAGGCAUUGACACUGAAAGCAAAAAUUCUGUAAUGUCUAAUGAUUGUUCGCAAUUUAAGAAGACAGAGAGAGGUGAAGAUGUGACGUGGCCGUGCCCAUCAAUGCGGCAACUUUUGAGCACAUGUGAUUUCUCUCGUUCAUUCUAGUGCAGGUAUACAUGUAUAUAACACUACCUCUACUUACUAAAUUAUCCAUUUGCACAAGUGUACAUACAAUCUGUUAAUAUGUAUAUUCUACUAUAGACUACCCUGUACAAUGUCUCUUAUAUGUUAUUACCCCCCAUUUUCUGUAAAAUAGUCUUUAUUUUAUAUAUGCACAAUUUAGAAUCUUUUAGACUUUAAAUCGUAUUAUAUUGUAUUGUCAUUGUGUUGAAUGUCUGUACUAGAAGCUUCCAACACCAAAGAAAAUUCCUUGUGUGUGCAAGCACACUUGGCAAUAAAGCUCUUCUGAGGUAAGACAGAGGAUAUUACCGUCUAUGAUUUCACUCUUCUGUAUGUUUGU